AUGCGUGUCGAUGAAUUCUUCCGAUGGCAGGAGCUCGGUUUCGUGGCGCCUUCCCUUGCGGUCGGGUCUUCGCCGGCCACCGGAAGUGGCGGGCAGCAGCAGCAGCAGCAGCAGCAGCAGCCGGCCGCGGCGGCGGGGGCGGCGGCGGAGACGGGCAUGGCGCCGGCGUCGGAGGAGGCCAAGCAUCGGCUGAGGGCCCUGAAAGCGGCGGAAGAGCAAGCGCGAAACCAGCCCCUGGUGCUGAAGAAGAUGAGCCUGGACGCAAACGCGCUCGACGACUGGGCGGACGACGACGAUGACGACGGUUUCGGCGACGGCGACGGCGACGCCUUCGAUGCCUUCGACGUGGCCAUUGCCUCGGGCAACGGCAAGGCGGGGGCGGGAGGUAGUGGGUUGGCCGGAGAAGGAGCGGGGCUCGUGCGGGGUGGGGCUGCGACGGGAGCGGGCGGGGACGGCGGCGGGUUUUCUGCCGGCUCGGCCGUGGGUUUGGGGUCGUUUCGGAAGCCCUCGGCCGUGGUGUCUGGUCUCGAGGCCGCGGCGGGGGCGGGGGGCCGAGGCGGGAAAGGGGGGGUGGAAGGGGGGGUUAUCGGCAUGGAAGCCACCGUCCUGCGGCGCUUCAUGGAGGACGAGGAGGAGGAGGAAGACGCGUUUGGUGACGUAGAUAUCGAUGUGCCUGGGGACGGCCCUCUGCUGCCGACAGACAAACUCAAGGCCAAGAUGCUGAGUCACCAGGGCGGCUCGGCGGCUCCCCCAAGCGGUGUUGGCCAGGGGGCGACGGACGAGGCCGCUGGCGUCGCCGCCGGCGCUUUCGACGACUUGGACGACCUUUUCGGUACGGGGUUCGAGGACCUCUCGGACGGGGAGGAGGGGGGCAACGGCAAGGAGGCCGAGCGAGAGAUGCACGCCAAGGUGGGACAAGAAGUUUUCGCAGAGCUUUCAAGGCUGGAGACGAGAGGCUCCGCGGCCGGCAACAACAGCGUCAACCUGCGGUGUCGCGACGGGCAGCAGAAGGGUCGGGGUGGCGGCGGAACCGCCGCCGUUACAGUCCCGACUGGUAACGACGCCACCGGCGGGGUUUCCACCGGGCGUUUGCUGAGCACGGUGACGGAGGUAGAGGUAAUAGAUGAAAAGGAGGAGGAGGGGGAGGAGGAGGAGGAGGAGGAGGAGGUGGUGACGAUGGAGGAGGAGGUGGUGCGGACGUGUGUGUCGGUGUGCGAGAGGCUGGAGGGGUGCCCGCAGGCGCGGCACUACGUCAUGUCGGCCGACCGGGGGGUGACCCCGCUGAUGUACCUGAUGCAGGCGAUGAAGCCCGAGGACCGGCAGGGGGAGGAAGCCAUGGCCAACGUUCUGGCGGUCAUCAACAAGAUCGUCGAGGAUAACCUGAAAGCCCUAGAGAGCCUCGCGGUCGUGGGGCUGGUGCCGAAGGUCAUGACGAUCCUCGAAACCAGGGGGGCAUGGGACGAGGAGGAAGCAGAGGGGGAAACGGCUGCGGAAGCACCAGCAGGGAGCGGGUUGUGGUUGCCGCAGGGGGGCGAAGAGGACAGCUCGAAGAAGACGGACAACGUCCAGAAAUCGCCGCCAAGACGACGCGGAAGCGGCUACAGCAGCAUCGGUAGCGGCAACCGACCGAGGAUGCGCGUGGAAGCGGCUCGUCUUGUUCGCACGCUUUGUAACGGGUCGGACCUGACUCUUCAGACGCUCAUAUCUUGCGGGGGGCUCUCGGUGCUGGCCCAGUUCCUCGCCGCGGGGGGGCCGCGGAUUGACAGCGAGGGGGUGAGAGGGGCAGACGCGCGGCGCCUCGUGCGCAUCGGCAUCGACGGCGUGCUCAAGGUGUUCUCGCUGCAGCGCAUCCGCCGGAACGACUUCUGCAAGCUGUUCCUUCGCCUGGGCCUAAUGCCCCGUGUCAUGGACACGUUCUCGCGAUUCCUGGGGCACUCGAUGAUCGCAACCUCCUCCUCUCCCUCCCCCUCUGGGCGGACCCCCGCCGGUCUGCGGCAGACUAGCGGUGGGUGUUUGCUGGAGAGGGAGAUGAGCAGCAUGGCGAUUGUGGUGGACACGACGGGGGCGGCGGCGGAGGCGGCGGCGGCGGCGGCGGCAGAGGGGGGAGGGGGCGACUUUUGUUGGCCAUACGUGACCAGGGCAGCGGAGAUCCUGACGACCUUCAGCAAGAGCGACGGCGUCGUGAAGGAAGGGGUUGCGGAAGAGCAUUGCUUGCAAGGGGUGAUGCGGGCGCUGUCGAGCAUCUGCCCGGCCUACCUUGGCUUGCCGAGGUUCUGCAGCCUGGCUGUGACUCUCCUCACUGUCCUCAAGAACCUCAGCAUGGAGCCGUCCACGCUCGAGGCGUUAUGGGAGCAGCGGGGAGCGGCGGCGGUGUUGACGAGGAUCUUGAGAACCAGGUGCGUGCUGGAGCAGUCGCGGCUGAAGCAGUUCGCUCUACAGAUGGUGUGCGACUUCGCCCACACGUCGGGCGUGGUCCGGAGCUUGAUGUGGGACGAGGGGGUGCUAGACUUCUACCUGUCGGUCAUGCGCAGCCCCAAGGACACCCAUUGGCACGUUACUAUCUUCCGCAGCCUUUGCGCCUGGUUGUCGAGCGAAGGGGAGACGGAUCGCGUGGCGGGCAGACUCGUGGAACCCCUAAACCUCGAUAAGGUCAUCUUCCUGUUCUGCACCGCGCAGCAGGUGGACUUUGAGGAGGUGGUCGACAAGCUGCACCUCAUGAUGGUCAAGAGCCAGACGCUCGUCAAGGCGCUCGGCUCGUCCGCGACGUUCAUCGUGGAGGUCAUGGAGCGCCUCCACUACCCCAAGGCUGUCGUCGGCAAGACCCUGCUGAGCAUGCUCCGCAUGAUCCACCACCAGCACCCGGACCCGGCCACCCUGGUGCGCGACUUCGACCUCUACCGCAUCGUGCUUACCCUGUCAAGGAACGAGUCUCAGGUUCUCGUGGCCGAGCUCGCCGGACAGCUCCUGCAAGACUUCGGCCGCGGGGGGGGAGGAGAUGCUGCUAUUGAUACCGGCGGCGGCGGCGGCGGCGGCGGCGGCGGCGGUGGCGGUGGUGGCCAGAAAGUUAGCGUCGGGGAGGCGGCGGCAGUGGCGGUGUCGGAGACGAAGCCGGUGUCGCCGUCCGCGCCGCCGCCGCCGCCCCCACCGCAUGCCGUGUCGCGGCCACCGCCUCCGCCGUCGCCGGAGUUUGCCUCCGCCGCCGCCGCUGCGUGCUCGAAGGAGGGGAGGACCGAGGAGAAGGAGGGUGGGCGGGUCGGGGAAGGGAGGAGGCAGGGCCCAGCCGAGGAAAGAGGCGGCGGAGUGAGUGAGUGACUGCCGUAUAGAUGGUCGUGCGGGGAAGGGGGGGGGGGGCGGAGGGGCAAAAGGAUCUGCGUGCCGAUCGGUCCGGUGGCUGCCGUCGUGUCCUCUCGAGUCAGCCGGGAAGGCUGUUAUUGGUUGACCAAAUACCCCCCUUUCUGACUGCGCGCUCGCGAGGAGAAGAGAGGCGAAAGACGUCGGCGUUACAACCUCGCUGUUCAUUCUCCGGCAGGGAUCUCUCUGGGGUUGAUGUGUUUUGCUGGGUCUUCGGUUGUGACAGACUGCCGUUGUGAUUUGUGUCCGUCUCGCGUUGCUGUGACUGAUGUGUUGUAUCCGAUUUUCCACGCUUUUUUUAUGCGGGGGGUCGUAUGGAGUUGCCGGAUCGUUGGACCGCAAGACGUGGCCGCCGUAUCGUACUGCUGUGCGUUUGUUUUCCGUUUGAAGUUAUCAUUUUUUUUAUUUUUUUGGUGCAAGUACCAAUACGUGUAUCUUUAACUCUCAGCAUCGACCGCGCUACCCGGUUGGUUGUUGACCAAUCAAAAGACGCCAGCCAGGGCCGGUCUUACAACAGUGUGUAUGCGUGCCGUGCUCAUGCGAUGGACUGCAUUUUCAGCGUUCUCCUUGGAGUCGGUGUUAUCCAAUGCAGUCUUUUCCAGGGGGUAACGGGGGGCAAGGGUUGAUUGAUUGCUGAUGGCCCGCUCUCUCGCCCGACUGCACCUUGGGAAAAGUCGUUUGUGGUCGUUUUUGUUGUCCGGUGGUGACCUUUCGCGGAUAGAUGGGUUCCUGCCAUUUGAUUGUGACGGGUUUGUGGUUCAUUGUCUCUUGUUGUCAAAUGCACAACGUUUUGCUGUGCCUGUUUGGCCUUCGAGUUGAUCGGCUGCAGAACGCGCUUGUCCGCACGGGAAGUUUUGUGUGCUUGCGCUCUAGGGAGUGGAACCAAGUGCCGAAGAAUAAAUAGCCUUCACGUUUUCUAAGGAAGCGAAGGCGGAAAUCAUAAAUUCAU